GAUGGCGGUAACUGCAUCAAUGAACCGUCGUCGAUUGGAAACCCCAAGUAUGAACGGGGAUGCUGAGGCGGACUAUGUGUUAGCAGAGCAGGAACUUGGUAAACUCCAUCGGGAAUAUCGCAUCCUCAAGAACCAAAGAAGGGCUUAUCUUGAAGAGUCGCAAAACAUCAUCCGUAAACAAAAUGGUCAUAUCGAAUCCUUGAAGAAUGAGCGAUCGGAGAUGGAUACGGACCUGCGUCUUGCUAACAGUACCAGGGUUUGUGGAAAGGAUGCCAUUGAUGAAGGGCUAAUGAAAACACUCCUGCAGAAUUACAUCGAGUAUAAAACACUCUGCGUCAAUGAGAAGGAGGAGAUCCGUGUAUUGGAUAAACAGACACGAGUGAUAGGAGAAGCCAUGAGAAAGUACCGUAUGGAGACUAAAGGCCGAUCAGAGAUGAAUCGCUAUCAACUUAUUACCACCAAACGAACAAGAGUCAUGGAAAACAGACUAUACCGAUCCACAGUGACUUUCAACAAGGCACUCCGAAAGAACAGUGACCUACGAGAGAGAAUCGAAGAACUGAGACGGGAACGGAGGUUGUACGAUGCUCUCUACCGAAAGAUGUGCUCUGACCAAAAUGACCUCAAGGUCGAGAUGAAUGAAAUCAUCCAACAAUCUACAUCAGCAUACGAUUCAAGAGAUGAAGCCCACAACAAAAUGGCAGCUCUUCGUGAGAGGCUCGAAAAGGAUCAGAAUAUGUUCAACAUGGAGGUCAAAGGUCUUCAGCGAAUCGUGGACCAUGAAGAGAAGCUGAAAGCCUUCAUGAAUGUCAAGGCUCAGGAUAGGACUGAACAUCUCAAGGCUACUAAUGAAGAGGUUCAAAGAAGAAAACAAAAGCAUGGACAGGUAGAUCCAGAGGAGACAAACCUCAAUACCUUGGAGCUGUCUUUCAUUCGGCUCCGAUCAGCGACGGGUGAAGCCGACCUCGAUAAACUCGUCCGCCGUUUCAUCUACCGAGAAGGACUCAAUUUCGCUCUCUUCAACUAUGUCAACGAGGUCAACGAUGACAUCGAACUUCUCCAAGAGGAGAUCAAGAAAAUCGAGAAUGAUAUGAAGGGUUUCAAGAGUCAAGGGAUGGCCUUAGAAGGAGAGAGGCUUAACAUAAUGAAGCAAUUGGAGGCGAAUGCUAAUUCUGUCACCAAGUCAGCUAACCGUUUCGAAGGAAACGUGAAGAAGGUUUCAAAGCGACUCCAUCGCUUAAUGUCUGCAGUGGCGAGCACUGUCCGAAAACUGGGCUGCGACCAAACGGGCGUCAUGAAGCGGCUAGGAGCUAGGGAUGGUAUUACCGAGUUCGAUGCCAUGGCCUACCUAGGACUCAUUGAACAAACCAUGAAUGAUCUGUUGCUAAUCGACAAAUGCAGAGAACACAAGAGAUCGAUUGUACCUAAAGCUGAAGAUAAACAAGGUGGCAACCAACAAGACGGUCCAAAGGCAGCAGGAAGUGUGAUCAUGCCAAGACGCAUACCCGUUCCGACUGUCGAGGUCACUAUUAACCCUCCAACAAUCAGAGAUGAAAUGGAUGUCAGCGAGUAUUCCUCAUCCGCCGAGGUUCUAAACACAAGUGACCAACCCCUGACCCUCGAACAGGUUAAACGGAAGGUUACUCGAAGACUGCAGCGUCUUGAAGCUCAGAGGAUCAAGAGCGGUGGCAAACCAAUAAAGCCCACACAAAAGUCGACAACCGAGUCGCCGCAGAAUGGAGCAUCAGCCUAACGAUCCCACGCAGGAACUACCAAACAUGCCAAAGACGCGAUGGUUCUAAAUUAUACAAGCAGUGCAGAAUGGGAGGAAUGAGGGCGGUUGAGGAAGGGGGGGGGGUACACAAAAAAUGGGAUGGCAAUGGCUUGAGUGAGGGGUUAGGACCCUUAAACAAGGAAUAUUGUUGGUCAGUGGUCAAAACGAAAACUUGAUUUUUUUUCUUACUUUUGGGUGUAAAAAAGGAGGAAAAGAAAGUUUGAAUUUCUCUUUAUUUUACUAGUUAUCAAGGCCAUGUUUCACGAAACUUGUUUUGAACAAGUACCCAACAAUACCUUGUCAAAAUUUGUUUUUCCUUUUUUUUCCAACCUGUCUUUUGUCCAUAUAACAUGCCAAAGGGACAGAGCGUCACAUUAUUUCAAAAGUUCGUUAUAGCGAAUGGUCAUCAGUCCGAAGUUUCGUUAUUCUGAAAUAAAAAAAAAUCAAUAGUUUGAGGACAAAACUUCUGAAUAACGAACUUAACCUUCCGAAUAACUAACCCGUUUGUUCUAUAUAGUAUAUCGUGUUUAGGCCUAUUAACGAACCUUGAAAAGAUUGGUACAACUUUGGGGGGGGGGAUUAACGAACCCUUUUUCCUGUUUGGACUAGGAACCUUCAGAUUAUAAAGAGCGCAUAUUAUUAUCCUAGCUGUUAUGUCAGCGUCAGCCAUGGUAUUUUUGUUCUUCACUUUUCUGAAUAUUAAUGUUUUUGGUGAUAUGAGGGUAAUUUAGCCCUCAGCUAUAAUUGAAUGGCAGAAUAUCAGAAGCUGAUGCCAGCAGAAGCCGUCGAUUUCAAGUUUGAGGAAAAAUCCUGGGGUUCAAGUUUAAUUUAUUAGGUGAUUUCGAGUUCGGUGUUGGUGCAGGUGUUGAUGGUGGAAGCAUAAUUUUCACUGCUUUCCAUUUACAGCUCCAGCACCAGUCCUUAUCGAGUUAAAAAAAAUAAUAUUGAUAGCAUAAUACCAGGUACAGGAGGUCUUGUCCCAAGUCUAAAUAUCAUUCUUUUCUUUUCUUCUUUGGUGCUUAUAUCAGCCUUGAUCCAGCAUCAACAACAAAUACCAACACCAAACUUGAAAUCACCCAACAUGCCCAAUGUGUUUGAAUUUGGAAGACUUAAGAGGACCGUUUUAUGAAAGGUCUUGUCGAUCGUUUUGUCCGACAGUUACCAUAGGAACAGAAGUUCUCGGUCAAUCUAAAUCAAGUAAAAAGUUGUUAGAUUACCAACUUAUCAGAGAAAUAUUGAUGAAACGCACCAUGCGCAUGAUUUCGACCCAUGCUGCACUUCUGAAAGCCAAGUUCGAGUUCUGUGCCCUGUAAUCGCCAUUAUUCAAAUUUACGAUCAACUCUAAUGUACGGUAUCUAAGUUUUCCUAUAUGGUUUGCCAUAAGAUGUUUGGUGAAAUCUACAAUUGAUCAUAUCAUUAAAACUUUAAUGUUAUAGGGCAAUAUAUUGAAUUACUAACCUGUAUAUCAGUUGUGUAAAAAUAAUGUCCCCACAAAAAUUCAGCUUCGUUAAGUCAAACUUUUGAGAGUGAAGCCACCCCCCCCCAAAAAAACACAGAAUAAAAUGAAGCAUUGUUUCGGUAUUGCCCAGUAAGAGUAAAAUAAAUAGGCCUAAUGUUGAUUCUGAAAUUUGUAUCAUUUUAAGAGACCAUUGUCAAUGAUGAGCUACCCUCAGUAUGUAGAACAUGAAUAAAAGUAAUUGAAACAAAAUGAAAGAAUUGUAUUGAUUUUCAUCUGAUAUUUUGUUCUUUUUUCUUAAAACAUAUACAACCAAUGACCUAUCGCUUUUGCUUGGUGUCAAAGAAAAAAAAAAACGGGAGCGGUAUCAGGAUAGAGGCCUAUAUUUUCACAGGCAAAUUGACCUGUUUCCUUUCACUUUCCUCCGGUCUACUGUUAUGAAUUCUCAAUUCGCCAUAUAUUUUCAAAGGUAAAAACAUUAAUACAUUUCUAAAAGUUACAAUACAAUGGAGGAAGCAACUUAGUAGGCAAAGAGUGUGACGAGUGCAGACAAUAAAGACACAAUAUGGCUAUGGUAAAACUUAUUCAUACA